AAACAGCUGAGUCCGCGCGUUAACGCUGUGCUAUUUAGAUGAUGCUGGAAUGAAAACAAAUAAUGAAAUAAAUAAGUAAUUGUUAUCUAUAAAUAAAUGAGUAGGCAAGUGGUGUAAUACUAAUAAUUGAAAAAUACGGGCGAUUGAAAUUUAAGUGCAAACAUAUCCCUUUAAUAAUUUUGGAGGCUGUACGUUCAUGUGGGCAUAGCUCUUUAGAAAUGUCGGAAAAGGAAUCUGUGAGUGAACACAAUGCGUCCCAGCCAGAUGAAUGUAUUCGAUUACGUGAAUUUAAGGAUUUUCUACGUGAAUUAGUGCUAGAAGCAGUUAAUAAUGCAUCAAACACUGGCGAGAUGACGCGUGUGUGCAUAUCACGCAGUAGCAAUGAAACAUACCCAGUGUAUUCUCAAGAAGUUUCUGCCGAAAUAAUAAUGACCGUUUGGAAUCAACUUCAAUUAAAGCGAUGCCCAAGAUAUUUUCAAUUAUCAAUACUGCGAAAUGUUUUCAAAGAAUCUGAGCAGGGACUUUGCAAUGCAAAAGAAUGCGAGUUCAGUCUCGCAAAAAAGGAUGAAAAUGUGCAAAGGGACACGGAGAUGGUGUAUGAUUUGGUAAAAUUACAAAAAUAUGUUGUAAAUAACUUGGAAAAAUUUCUAACACGUUUGACGGAUAAUACAGAAGUGAGUAAUUUGCCGAAUUACGCAGAUACGGAAGCAUUAUGUGCCGAUGGCGCAAAAUGCAAUUGCAAUGCAGUGGCAUCAGCAACACCGACAGUUUACACCAGUGGUCAUAUCAAAAAUAAGCCACGUAAAAUGGAAGAUCGUCACGUUUGCUUGGAACGUUUUAGUGAAAUAUAUCAAUUAAACUCGAAAUAUAGUUUUUACGGUGUCUACGAUGGUCACUCAGGCCCUUUGGCCGCAAGUUAUGCGGCAUGCCAACUUCCAUAUAUACUAGCUGAAAGUUUGAAGACGAAAAUUAAUGACACAUAUGAUAUAAAAGACUACCGAGAAGCAUUUGAGCAUGCUUUCUUACAAACAGAUAAAAUGUUUACCCAAAAAAAUAUUUCUAGUGGUACAACAGCUGUUUGCAUACUUCUAUCAAAUCCUGUGACGCCAGCAAACGGUCACUUAUAUGUCGCAUGGGUAGGUGAUUCAAAAGCUUUACUCGUCAGCCCAACAGUGAGUUUGCAAUUAGUUAAAUCGCAUAAACCUGAUGCGCCGGAUGAACGUAAACGGAUCGAAAUGACCGAGGGUGGCGGUACUGUAAUGUACGUGCAAGGACAAUGGCGCGUAAAUGGUAUUUUGAACGUAUCGCGAUCCAUUGGCGACUACUCAGUGGCACCAGCAAUCGCAGAACCUGAUUUUGUGGAUAUAACACUGACAGCGGCUCAUGACUUCGUAGUAUUAGGCACAGAUGGUCUUUUCGAUCAUGUGUCGGAAGCUAAAAUAGUAGAAACGAUAUACAAAUCUUUGGCGGAUGCCGAACAAAAAAUUGAAAACAUUCCGAAAACUCUUAUAGAAUUGGCAAAAGAUGGCGACUCCCAAGACAAUAUUACAGUUGUUAUUGUAUUUUUGAAACAAAGAUCCGAUAUAGUGCAAAAUUUUAAAAACGCCUAAUUUACAACAAUAUUAGCGAGAAAUUAAUUGCAAUAAUAGACGCUAACAAACGUUUUAGGGACUAGAAAUACAGCGAAUAUACAAUAUACGUGUAUUAUACCAUAUUUAGCAGAUUUUAUUCCAACACGUCCGAAUUCUCUAUGGCAAACGAACAAACAAAAGUGCUUUGAAGCUUAGCGUAUUCAACUUGGUUUUGUUUUUGUAAAUAGGCUUUUUAUACGCUUUCAAAUGCUAAUUAUCGCAUUGUUGAAUAUUUGUGCCUGCAGCAAAUUAGUAUAAAUUUGCAAUGUUUUCAGUGCUCAACAGAUGAUCGCUUUAGAAUAAGCGUUCGAAAAAAAGUUCAAAUUUUUAUAAACACAAGUUUAUAUAUUUACAUCAAUGAAAGUUAAGUUGUAUUUUUAAUACAAAUGCAAAUGAUAUAAUAAACCAUAUUUAAAUUAAUACCUUACCACAUCCUUCUGAAAAGUACACAUUUUUAAUAGUAUUUUAUCUUAAUUUUAAAGUUAUUGUUAUCUGCUUACACUACAUAAAUACUAACUAAUCCAACAAAUAUUUGUGUGCAAGUAUGUAUGUACGCAUACAUUAUAAUGGCUAAAUGUUACUUCAGUGAAGCUUUACGUUUUAUAAAUCAAUUUUCGUUUUUAAAAUAGCAUUCAUAGUAAAAUGUUUUGUAUGUUAAAUAAAAGUAAAUAAUUAAUAUAAUCCACAUUUCGCCCACUUCAAUUAUGUACCUACACAUAAAACAAAUGUAGUAUAAGAAACUUUUACAUAAGAUUUUUACCACACAAAUGUAUAAGAAUAACAAUUAAAAUAAAACAAAAUGCUUCAU